AUGUACGUGGGCUAUGUGCUGGACAAGGACUCCCCCAUGUACCCGGGCCCCGCCAGGCCCUCCAGCCUCGGCCUGGGUCCUCCGACCUACGCGCCCCCCGGCCCGGCGCCCGCGCCCCCGCAGUACCCCGACUUCGCGGGUUACACGCACGUGGAGCCGGCGCCCGCGCCCCCUCCGACCUGGCCUGCGCCCUUCCCUGCACCCAAGGACGACUGGGCAGCUGCCUAUGGCCCGGGCCCCGCGGCCCCCACCGCCAGCCCGGCCCCGCUGGCCUUCGGUCCCCCUCCGGACUUUAGCCCGGUGCCCGCGCCUCCCGGGCCUGGGCCCGGCAUCCUGGCGCCGUCCCUCGGGGGUCCGGUCGCACCGUCCUCGCCAGGAGCGCAAAGGCGGACGCCCUACGAAUGGAUGCGGCGCAGCGUGGCGGCUGCAGGCGGCGGUGGCAGCGGUAAGACUCGGACCAAGGACAAGUACCGUGUGGUCUACACAGAUCACCAACGCCUAGAGCUGGAAAAGGAGUUUCACUACAGCCGGUACAUCACCAUCCGGCGCAAGUCAGAGUUGGCUGCUAACUUGGGGCUCACAGAGCGGCAGGUAAAGAUCUGGUUCCAGAACCGCCGGGCCAAGGAGCGCAAAGUAAACAAGAAGAAGCAGCAGCAGCAGCAGCAGCAGCAGCAGCAGCAGCCUCUGCCCCCCGCACAGCUGCCCCUGCCCCUGGAUGGUACCCACACACCAUCAGGGCCACCCCUGGGCAGUCUCUGCCCCACCAAUGCCGGCCUUCUGGGCACCCCCUCCCCAGUGCCCAUCAAGGAGGAGUUUUUACCCUAG